CUUUGAAUUUCUGAGUCUAAAUAAGCCCGGUGUGGGCAACCCCGUCUCAUUUUUCAUUUGUAUUCGAAGAGAGGAAUAAUGCCUGAACCAGCGAAGUCCGCCCCGAAGAAGGGAUCCAAGAAAGCCGUGACCAAGACAGCCGGCAAAGGAGGGAAGAAGCGCAGAAAGUCCAGGAAAGAGAGCUAUGCUAUCUACGUGUACAAGGUACUGAAACAGGUCCAUCCCGACACCGGCAUUUCCUCCAAAGCGAUGGGCAUCAUGAACUCCUUCGUGAACGAUAUAUUCGAGCGCAUCGCCGGUGAGUCGUCCCGUUUGGCUCAUUACAACAAGCGCUCCACCAUCACUUCCAGGGAGAUCCAGACCGCCGUGCGUCUGCUUCUACCCGGUGAACUGGCCAAGCACGCCGUGUCAGAGGGCACUAAGGCCGUCACCAAGUACACCAGCUCCAAAUAAAGUGACUUUUAUUCAACCCCAACGGCUCUUUUAAGAGCCACCCACGUUUUCAUAUAAAGAGCUUUUUCGUGUUUGUAAAAGUCGCACGAUUAUCGCGCUAAAGUUUUCUGUUUUGAGUCCGU